UGGGCUCUCCAGCACACAUUGGACAGAGCAGGCUCCUCAGUCCUCCAGGAUGCUGGUCCCUGCCUCCUGGAUCCGCCCUUCUCUUUGCCUGCUGCUGACUCUGCUGUUGGGCUUCACAGGAGGGGCAGGUGAGGAGCUGCAGGUGAUUCAGCCUGAGAAGUCAGUGGCAGUGGCAGCUGGAGAGACGGCCACUCUGAGCUGCACCGUGACCUCCAUUACCCCUGUGGGGCCCUUCAUGUGGUUCAGGGGGACAGGGCCAGGCCGGGAGUUAAUCUACAGUCUCAAAGGAGGCCACUCUCCCCGAGUAACAAGUGUUGUAGAUGUAACAAGGAGAAACAACACGGACUUUUCCAUCCGCAUCAGUGACAUCACCCCAGCAGACACCGGUACCUACUACUGUGUGAAGUUCCGCAGAGGAAGCCCUGACACGGAGUUCAAGUCUGGGGCAGGCACUCGACUCACUGUGAGUGCCCAACCCUCUCCCCCCGUGGUGUCAGCCCCCACGGAGAGGGCCACACCUGGGCAGACAGUGAGCUUCACCUGCGAGUCCCACGGCUUCUCCCCCAGGAACGUCAUCCUGAGAUGGUUCAAAGAUGGGAACGAGCUCCCAGCCUCCCAGACCACUGUGGACCCAGAGGGAGACAGCCCUCCCUACAACAUCUCCAGCACAGCCUCGGUGCGGCUGGCCAGGGGGGAUAUCUGCUCCCAGGUCAUCUGCCAGGUGGAACACAUCACCCUGAAGGGGGGCCCUCCUCUUCGUGGGACUGCCAACCUGUCUGAGAUCAUCCGAGUUCCGCCCACCUUGGAGGUUAGACACGCCAUGUCAGAGAACCAGGUGAACGUCACCUGCCAGGUGAAGAACUUCUACCCCCAGAACCUACAGCUGACCUGGUUGAAGAACGGAAAAAUGUCCCGAACAGAAACACCCUUAACUCGAGUAGAGAACAAGGAUGGGACCUUCACCUGGGGGAGCUGGAUGCUGGUGAACUCGUCUGCCCGCGGGGAGGCCGUGGUGCUCACCUGUCUGGUGCAGCACGAUGGGCAGCCGGCCGUCAGCAGGAACCUCACCCUGGAGGCCCCCGCUAACCCGAAGGACCAGAGCACAGAUGGACCCUUUGACAAAAGUCCCAACUUGAAUAAUAUCUUCAUCGUGGUGGGCGUGGUGUGUGCCUUGCUGGUGGCCCUGCUGAUUGCCGCCCUCUACCUCCUGCGGAUCCGACAGAAGAAAGAUCCAGUGCUAUCCACUCAGUUAUUCAUAGCUGUCCUCCUAGGCAUCAAGGUGCUGCUGGAGAUUGGUGUCCUCUCCAUCUGUGCCCACAUAAACUGGAGAGCCUGACCGAGAUAACAGCAGGCCCCCUCACAGAGCCUCAGGAUGCACCAGCCCGAACCAAGUCCGGCUGGUCUCAGAAACACUGGCAGGUGCAGAAAGCCAGCAAAUGAACUCCAACUAACACUGAAGAGAGGCCAAAACCCAAAUUCCCCCCAAGCUGAAAACUCUGUGUACAGACCUGAUCCUCCCAGACAGCACCCAAAGCGAGGAAGGUCCAGCAGUUUAGUCGGCCAGGCCCCCAGAUCUCACCCACUCAGACCCUGCCCACUAGGAAUUCCUUAUACAUUCUCUCAUCUUCCCCAUGCCUUACCUUAGAUAACUUUGUUCCAAGAUGUCCAAUCAGUACUCUUGGUUAAAAUGAAUAAAUAUGCAUGCUUUUUACCACUAUAAUUUAAAUUCGCUCUAAAUCUUUAUUCCUAGGUGUGGGAGGGGACUGACCCGAGCCCUGUCUCUGGUCUCCUGGUUCCUGCUUUGGAAAAUGGACGAAUA